UGCGCCUAGUGCUCCCGGCUAGCAGCUGCCGCCACCUCAUCAGGUCUGCGGAAGUCAUGUUACCCAACACCGGGAAGCUAGCAGGAUGUACAGUUUUUAUCACAGGUGCAAGCCGUGGCAUCGGCAAAGCUAUUGCAUUGAAAGCAGCAAAGGAUGGAGCGAAUAUUGUCAUUGCUGCAAAGACUACCCAGUCACACCCCAAACUUUCAGGCACAAUCUAUACUGCUGCUGAAGAAAUUGAAGCAGCUGGAGGGAGAGCCUUGCCAUGUGUUGUUGACGUGAGAGAUGAACAGCAAAUCAACGACGCAGUGGAGAAAGCGGUUGAGAAAUUUGGAGGAAUUGACAUUUUGGUGAAUAAUGCCAGUGCUAUUAGCUUGACCAACACAUUGGAAACACCUACAAAGAGAGUGGACUUGAUGAUGAGUGUGAACACCAGAGGCACCUACCUCACAUCUAAAGCAUGUAUUCCCUUUUUGAAAAAGAGUAAAAUUGCUCAUAUCCUCAAUCUCAGUCCACCACUGAACCUAAAUCCAAUGUGGUUCAAACAGCACUGUGCUUAUACCAUUGCUAAAUAUGGUAUGUCUAUGUGUGUACUUGGAAUGGCAGAAGAAUUUAGAGGUGAAAUUGCAGUCAAUGCCUUAUGGCCUAGAACAGCCAUACACACAGCUGCCAUGGAUAUGCUGGGAGGAUCUGGUGUUGAAAACCAAUGUAGAAAAGUUGAUAUCAUCGCAGAUGCUGCAUAUUCCAUUUUCAAAAAGCCAAAAAGUUUUACUGGAAAUUUUGUUAUUGAUGAAAAUAUCUUAAAAGAGGAAGGAAUAAAAAAUUUUGACAUCUAUGCAGUUAAACCAGGCCAGCCUUUAUUACCAGAUUUCUUCUUAGAUGAACACCCAGAGGUUGCAGUUAUCAAGCAGAUGGAAUCACCUGGUGCUGUUCCUGAAGCCAAAGAAGAGAAGCCACAGCCACAGUCAAAAGCACAUUUUGGAGCUGUGGAAGAAACAUUUAGAAUUGUUAAGGACUCUCUCAGUGAUGAUGUGGUUAAAGCCACACAAGCAAUCUAUCAGUUUGAACUCUCAGGUGAAGAUGGUGGCACAUGGUUUCUGGAUUUGAAAAACAGGGGUGGGAAUGUUGGACAUGGAGAGCCCUCUGAUAAGGCGGAUGUGGUGAUGAGUAUGUCCACUGAUGAUUUUGUCAAAAUGUUUUCAGGAAAACUAAAACCAACAGUGGCAUUCAUGUCAGGAAAAUUGAAGAUUAAAGGAAACAUGGCCCUAGCAAUCAAAUUGGAGAAACUAAUGAAUCAGAUGAAUUCCAGACUGUGAUGGCAAAGAACAAAAAUGUUGACUGCUAUGCUUAAAAAGUAAAAAAAA